CCUCCCUUGCUUCUGCUGCGGCGGCGAGCCCUCCAUCCGUCAUUGCCAAAUCCCAACAACCCAUCUUCAUUAUUCAACGCCGGCUACUCGGAAAAUCAUCUACAGUUGCCGGAAUGGGAAUCCCAUGGGACGACGGCGUUCUUAUUCAACAUGGAAACAAACCCGGUGACCCGACUGUCAUCACGGCUAACUGCCCCGACAAAGCAGGACUUGGCUGCGAUAUCUGCAGAAUCAUUCUUGAAUUCGGACUAUGCAUUACUCGUGGAGAUUUUCAAACAGAUGGUAAAUGGUGUUACAUAGUAUUAUGGACAGUUCCACUUGAGAACACAAUUAAAAUUGAAUGGGAUAGUUUGAAAAAUAGGUUACAGGCGGCUUGCCCUUCUUGUUCUAUGUCUUUUCUUUUCAAUCAGCAGUUAUCAUCAUCCAAUCCCAAAACUCCUCCUCCAGUUUACUUGUUGAAAGUCUUUUGCCUUGACCGCAAAGGUCUAUUGCACGAUGUUACCAAGGUUCUUUCCAAGCUUGAGUUAACAAUUGAAAGAGUAAAGGUCACUACGACCCCAGAUGACAAAGUCUUGGACCUCUUCUUCAUCACAGAUACCAUGAACCUUCUACACACGAAAGAGAGACGAGACGAGACUUGCAGGCAUUUGACAGAGGUCUUAAGAGAGCAUUGCAUCAGCUGUGAACUUCAUUUGCCUGGGCCGGAGUUUCAGAAUCAACAAGGGGCCCUGUCAUUCUCACCUGAAGUUUCUCAACAGCUCUUCAGCUGUCAGCUUUCAUCAAUUCCUCUUAGCCCCGAGAUGAAAAAUGUUAAGAAGGCAAGUAUUACUGUUGAUAACCAUAUGAGUCCGGCUCAUACAUUGCUUCAAAUACAAUGUGUAGAUCAGAAGAGCCUUGUUUAUGACAUCCUCAGGACAUUGAAGGACUGUAAUAUUCAGGUUGCCUAUGGAAGAAUAUCACAGACUACAAAUGACUUUCGAAAUGUGGACCUUUUCAUCCAAAAAACAGAUGGGGGGAAGAUUGUAGAUCCCGAGACUCUAAAUGGUCUAUGUUGUCAGCUGAAGGAGGAAAUGCUUCAUCCUCUUCGUGUCACCAUUACCAGCUGCGGUCCAGACACCAUUCUUCUGGUUGCUAAUCCAGUUGAAGCUUCUGAAUUUGGAAGGCCUCGAGUUUUCUACGACGUUACUUUGGCAUUGAAAUUGGUUGGUAUAUGCAUAUUCUCGGCUGAAGUUGUGAGACAUUCAACAUCUGAACGGCAAUGGGAAGUUUACAGAUUCCUAUUGGAUGAAAGUCGGAAAUUUCCUCUGGCGAGCCAUCGCACAAGGGAGGAGAUUGUCAACAAAGUGAGGAAUACGCUUAUGAACCGAGUUGAAGUGUCUAACUUAUAAAGCAGGAUGGUAUGGCGGUUUUUUGUCUUUGUUUGUUUGUUUUGCGUAGAAAUAUUGGUUCUUUUGAAACAUCAGCUCUUAGUUUUUUUUUAUUAUAGUUGGUAGAUUUUCAUAUAUCAAUAUUCAAUAAUAAUACGUUCAUCAGGAAAAAACAUUUUAU